UAAGCUUUAUGUUUCUCACAGUGUUUGCAGAGUAGGCUAAUUAGGGUUUUUCUCAACCCUUACUCAAAAGCAGUAGCGAGGUUAAAGAGACGGCGAUUUGCUGUCCGCCUUGACAGAACUUUGCUUCGUCUUGGCCCUCUUGUGAGAUCAUUCAUCUUUCUUUAGUUUGAAUUUCUGAAACUCGAUAUCUCUAGCAAUGGCGGUGAAACCUACGAAGGCCGAGAAGAAGGUUGUAUACGACCAGAAGCUAUGCGAGCUUCUUGACCAAUACAGUCAGAUCCUAGUGGUUGCAGCCGAUAACGUGGGUUCGAACCAGCUUCAAAGCAUUCGAAGGGGUUUACGUGGUGAUUCAGUAGUUCUGAUGGGAAAGAACACCAUGAUGAAGCGAUCUGUCAGGCUUCAUGCCGAGAGGACCGGGAACAAGGCCUUCCUGAAUCUCGUUCAACUCCUUGUGGGAAAUGUUGGUUUGAUUUUCACGAAGGGUGACUUGAAGGAAGUUAGGGAAGAGGUUGCCAAAUACAAGGUUGGAGCUCCUGCCCGUGUUGGACUUGUUGCACCUAUUGAUGUCGUUGUGCCUCCUGGCAACACUGGAUUGGACCCUUCCCAGACUUCUUUCUUUCAGGUGCUCAAUAUUCCAACCAAGAUUAACAAGGGUACUGUUGAAAUCAUUACCCCUGUUGAGCUCAUCAAGAAAGGUGACAAGGUGGGAUCUUCCGAGGCUGCUCUGCUUGCAAAACUCGGAAUAAGGCCCUUUUCUUAUGGUCUUGUUGUGCAAACUGUGUAUGACAAUGGCUCAGUCUUCAGCCCAGAGGUGCUUGAUCUCACCGAGGAUGACCUGAUGGACAAAUUUGCACUUGGUGUAUCCAUGAUCACCUCUCUGUCAUUGGCAAUCUCAUACCCCACUUUGGCUGCUGCACCCCAUAUGUUCAUCAAUGCGUACAAGAAUGUUUUGGCUGUUGCAGUUGCAACUGAGUACUCCUUCCCACAGGCUGAUAAAGUGAAAGAAUUCUUGAAGGACCCAACCAAGUUCGCAGUUUCUGUGGCACCCGUUGCUGCUGCAGAUUCUGGUGCUGCUCCAGCAGCAGCUGCUGCUUCUAAGGUGGAAGAAAAGGAAGAGCCUGCCGAGGAGUCUGACGAUGAUAUGGGUUUCAGUUUGUUUGAUUAAGUAGUUUUGUAGGGUUCAGUUUCUACUAUAGUGUUUUGUAGCAUUUCUUCCAAAGCAAUACGUUUUUGAUUGCCUGAAGUUUGGAGUUUUAUCCGUGGUGUAAUUUUUUUUUCCAUGUUAUAGUUUGACGAAUACCCUUGAUU